CGGCGUGAGUAGCUGCGGGGCUGGUGAAGCGGUGGUAAGCUUGGUAACGGCCUAAUCAGGUCAUAAUGACUUCAGCAAACAAAGCAGUGGAAUUACAACUACAAGUAAAACAAAAUGCAGAAGAAUUACAAGACUUUAUGAGGGAUUUAGAAAACUGGGAAAAAGACAUUAAACAAAAGGAUAUGGAACUAAGAAGACAGAAUGGUGUUCCUGAAGAGAAUUUACCUCCUAUUAGAAAUGGGAAUUUUAGGAAAAAGAGGAAAGGCAACACUAAGGAGUCUUCCAAAAAAACCAAAGAGGAAAACACAAAAAACAGAAUAAAAUCUUACGAUUAUGAUGCAUGGGCAAAACUUGAUGUGGACAGUAUCCUUGAUGAGCUUGACAAAGAAGAUAGUACCCAUGAUUCUGUGUCUCAAGAAUCAGAGUCAGAAGAAGAUGGAAUUCAUGUAGAUUCACAGAAGGCUCUUGUUUUAAAAGAAAAGGGCAAUAAAUACUUCAAACAAGGAAAAUAUGAUGAAGCGAUUGAGUGCUACACAAAAGGAAUGGAUGCUGAUCCGUAUAAUCCUGUGUUGCCAACAAACAGAGCAUCAGCAUACUUUAGAUUGAAGAAGUUUGCUGUUGCUGAGUCUGAUUGUAAUUUAGCGAUUGCCUUGAAUAGAAGUUAUACAAAGGCUUAUGCCAGACGAGGUGCUGCUCGAUUUGCUUUGCAAAAAUUAGAGGAUGCCAAAAAAGAUUAUGAAAAAGUAUUAGAACUGGAACCAAAUAACUUUGAAGCAACGAAUGAACUUAGGAAAAUUAAUCAGGCUUUAACAUCCAAAGAAAAUUCAUGUCCAAAGGAAACUGACACAAUGAUUAAAUCAACUCAAGGAGAGAAACAACAAAUUGAAGCACAACAGAAUAAACAGCAAGCCUUGUCAGAGAAAGAUCGGGGGAAUGGAUUUUUCAAAGAGGGGAAAUAUGAAAGAGCAAUAGAAUGCUAUACUCGAGGGAUAGCAGCAGAUGGUGCUAAUGCCCUUCUUCCAGCUAACAGAGCUAUGGCCUAUCUGAAGAUUGAGAGAUAUGAAGAAGCAGAAAAAGACUGCACACAAGCUAUUUUAUUAGAUGGCUCGUACUCUAAAGCUUUUGCCAGAAGAGGAACUGCAAGAACGUUUUUGGGAAAGCUAAAUGAGGCGAAACAAGAUUUUGAAACUGUUUUACUUCUGGAACCUGGAAAUAAGCAAGCAGUAACUGAACUUUCCAAAAUUAAAAAGGAAUUAAUUGAGAAAGGACACUGGGAUGAUGUUUUUCUCGAUUCCACACAAAGACAAAAUGUGAUAAAACCUGUUGAUAAUCCACCUCGUCUUGGAUCAGCUAAACCACUCAAGAAGGUUAUUAUUGAAGAAACUGGUAAUUUGAUACAGACUAUUGAUGUGCCAGAUAGCACUGCUGCUGAUGCUCCAGAGAGUAAUCCUAUUAAUUCAGCAAAUGUGAUAGCAGCCGCAGGCUCUGCAAGUAAGAAGAGUUCAAGCCAAGAUGACCUUUUGCCCACAAGUGAUACUCCAAGAGCAAAAGUAUUGAAAAUAGAAGAAAUCAGUGAAACCUCAACCCUGCAACCCCAAGCCCAGUUGAAACAGGAUGUCAGUCAGUCUUUUGGUGAUAAGACUUCUAUAGAGAGAGAACAAAUACCUGUUCAAUUUGUCACAACAAUUCUUCCUCCAAUUCCUGCAAACUCAUUUCAACUUGAAUCUGAUUUCAGACAACUGAAAAGUUCUCCAAAUAUGUUGUAUCAGUAUUUAAAGCAAAUUCAACCAUCCUUGUAUUCUAAGUUGUUUCACAAAAAUCUGGAUCCAGAUGUAUUCAACCAAAUCAUUAAAAUUCUGCAUGACUUUUACAUUGAGAAAGAAAACCCAUCACUCAUCCUUGAAAUCUUACAGAGACUUUCUGAGCUAAAAAGGUUUGAUAUGGCAGUGAUGUUUAUGUCAGAAACUGAAAAAAAGAUUGCACAUGCAUUAUUCAAUCACAUAGACAAAUCAGGAUUGAAGGAUAAUUCUGUUGAAGAACUCAAGAAGAGAUAUGGUGGUUGAUUUUCAUUUUUAUUGAAAUAAUUGUGUUUGACUUUCAUAUGUAAAUUUUUUUACUGGGAAUAAAGUGUUUUGUUUUGCUUUUUAAGAAAAUGUAAUCAUACAGGAAAGGACUAUCUUUUUACAUAAAUUAAUAAAGUGAACUGUGAUUUAGUGAAAAAUGUAUCUAGGUGUGCUAUUUAUAAGUCUUUUUCUGCAAAUAAAAAUAUAAACAAUGAG